GUCCCUUCAUCCAUAAGCGAGAUCUACAGAAUUUCAAGCAAGCCGUUCUUACAUUAGGAACUACUUGUUCUAAGGCAUAAGUGGUGUGGAAGUAUCUAAUCAUUUCUUUCAAGUUACUCUGCAUAGUGAAAUUUACGGGCAGCUGCGUUUAUUUGGAAGACAGCCAGUCUCGCUGCUUGUACACUGACAGAAAAAAGAUGGAAACAAGAUUUGCCUCAAGUGCAGCUGUAAGUGAAGUUCUAAACAUAGACAAUUACUUGGUUUGGAGCGUUCAAGUGAGAACUUAUUUGAUGGCUCAAGAUCUUUGGGAAAUUGUUGAAGCAAAGGACGGACGUCCUAAACCAGAAAAUGAUGAAGCUGCUUCUAAGGCUUGGACCAGGAAGAAUGCCAUGGCUUUGCAUGUGAUACAGAUUUCCUCCGGGCCACGCAUAUGUUUGCUGAUUAGUCUGAUAACUUCGGCCAAAGAUGCUUGGGAUACUUUGGCAGCAAUAUGCAGAAUCCCCAAAAGUAUAUAUUAUGCUUCCGAUGAAGAAAGUUAUAUGACUUGGACCAUUCGGAUGAAAAGAUAUUUUAUGAAUAACAAUCUUUGGGAGAUUGUUGAAGCAACCACCGAACCUCCUAUGCCUGAAGGUGAUGAAAUUGCUUUUAAGGCUUGGAGCCAGAAGAAUGCAUUGGCUUUGUUUUUGAUCAGAGAAUCGUGCGGCUCGAACAUAUUUCCUCGGAUAGGGAAUAUUAGUGAGGCCAAAAAGGCUUGGGAUACUUUGGCAGAAGAAUUCAGCUGUUAUAAUUAUACGGACUCUUACUCAGGGUCGGAGAACAGUGACUCAGAGAACAAUGACUUGGAGAACGGUGGCUUGAGUCUUGAACAAUAUAAAAACUUUGAAGAGCUUGUCAGCAAAGGAAAAUGGUACGCUGUUAGGCAGUUCGUAAAUGACCAUAACGAGGCAGUGAAUAUAAGACUCUCAGAUACGGGAGGUACGGCUCUACACGCUGCUGUCCUAGCUGGACGAAUGAACAUUGUGAAGGAGUUCAUAGAGCUAAUGCAUGAAGAAAGCUUGGAAAUACAAGAUUAUGAACGUCUCACGGUUCUUGGUUGUAGUGUUGUUGUUGGAAACAUCGAGAUGGCAAAAUGCAUAAUUAACAAGAACAAGAAAUUACUUAGCAUUGGAAAUGGAAGGCACCAAUUCAUUCCGGCCGUGUUGGCUAUUACAAAUAACAGUAUAGCUAUGGCUCGCUCUCUCUAUGAUGACACACCUCCGGAAGAUCUAAGGCCAGAGAAGGGCUUCGAUGGUGCUACGUUUGUUACCCGGUGUAUUUAUACCGGAGCCUUUGAUUUGGCAUUGCAUUUGCUCAAUAGAACCCCUACUUUGGCUACUGCUCUGGAUACAAACGGGGAGUCUCCUUUGUUGGCAUUAGCGUGCAUGUCUUAUGCAUAUCCGAGUGGGAAUCGGCUCAUAUUUUGGAAACAAUGGAUCUACCAAAUUCUGCUGUCAGCUACGCGCUUUCAAUCGGCUGAAGACAUCAAUGGAGUUAGAAUUAUCAAAUCAGAUCGUCUUUCAAAUCUCCUUAAACCCUUAGGAAUCAAACAAAUUUGUGAAUUGAAAUUGCUUCAUCUCCAAUCCUACGCACUCCUACGUCUCGUGUGCCAACAGUUACAAGAUUUAAGUAAAGAACAAAAAGAAAAUGUUCGUGCUGCCAUCCUGAGAGCUGUCAAGAAUGGGAUAUUUGAGUUUGUUACUGUUAUACAGCGUGAAAGACCUGGACUUUUGAAGACCCUGGAAACUUCCUCAUCGAGAAGUAUUUUAAAGUCUGCUGUUCAACAUCGUCAGAAUAAAGUAUUUUCCGUCUUAUACGGAUUACAUACAAAGAACAAAAAACUAUCAACUGAAUUAGAUCGCGAAGGAAAUAGCAUACUACAUGUUGCAGCGAUAUUAGACUCUUCCACUGCAUUAAAAAACGUCCCAGGAGCAGCUUUACAGAUGCAAAAAGAAUUACAAUGGUUUAAGGAGAUGCAGAACAUUGUCGAUCCUCUCAUGUUAGAUACUAUGAACAAAAAGGGUCAAAAACCCCAAGAAUUGUUUACGGAGAGCCAUAAAGAUAUGGUGAAAGCGGGAGAAAAAUGGAUGCAAAAGACAGCAACUUCUUGUACGGUAGUAGGUGCUCUAAUUGUUACCAUUAUGUUUGCAGCAAUAAUUACUGUUCCAGGUGGUAACAAUCAAAGUAUAGGUUGGCCAAUGUUCUUAAACAAGAAGCUAUUUAUGCUCUUUAUAAUAUGCGAUGCACUGUCUCUCCUUUCUUCAUCAACUUCAGUAUUGAUGUUUCUCGGAAUUCUCACAUCACGUUAUGCAGAAGAAGAUUUUCUUGAAUCCUUACCCAGAAAGAUGAUUAUAGGCCUUUCCACCCUUAUCUUCUCCAUAGCAACCAUGAUGAUAACCUUCUGUGCUUCUCUUUUCAUUAUACUACAUGGAAAAUCAUGGGUAGUCAUUCCUAUCAUUUGUCUCGCUAGUGUUCCAGUCACCCUAUUUACAUUCACACAAUUUCGCCUUCUUAUUGACAUGUUCAACUCAACUUAUGGAUCUGGAAUCUUUGACAGGAAUGUGGACUCUUGGUAGUAAGUUUUUCAUUGUGUUGUAGUAGUAUGAGUGUUACUUAAACAAUUGGCAUAUGGCAGGAUUUUUUUUUUUUU